AUGGGCUCGACUAGUUUUUUGAACAAGUCUAAGUCUGGUUUCAGAGCAAAGAGCGGCUCCAGCGUGGGCUCUGAUAAGGAGAUGAAUGGGAAGCUCAAGAGGUCGAAAAUACGGCGCCCGGUAAGGAUGAACGAGUACGGGAUGAAGAGGAUUCCGGACUACACAGAGCUGGCAUACAAAGAAGCAGUGUCCAAAUUGAAGUACUUUUUGUCGGGGAAUAAUGCGCCUAGCGUUCGUAGUUACGGCGGAUCAGCAUCAAUCAAGAACGUUGACGAGUCAGACGGCGAUCUCGACAAGAAGUAUUCGACAUCUUACAACACUCUGGCCGAGUACAAGCCGCGUCCGCGCCUUACCGCCAAGUACGCGACAUUGUACGCUGACAGCUUGAACAAUUACACACCGCCUCAGCCAACUGUUACUAGUACUGCACCCCAAGUACCUGGUGACCUGACCGGUGGAACAAAUCCUGAUGUUGUAAAUUUCAUACAGAAACAAGAGGAGUAUAUUGAACAACUAGAACGAGAGAGCCAAUAUUGUAGAGAUGAAUUAAACAACCUGCUCGGGAAGGUAAAAGAGGUGAUAUCAGAAAAUGAACACUUACACGAGGCUCAGAAGAACAAGCUUAUUUCUCGGAUGUUCCACAAUUAUAACGCUGGCUCUGAAACUGAUGAACUCGACGAUGUGGGAGACAGUACUGGUUUGGAUAGUGAUGAUAAGAUAUCGCUAUCAAAGACUCGUAGGCCAAAGUCUCGGUCUGUAAAACUCGAAGGACCAAAUAUCGUCUUCGAGUCUCGUAUUGCGGAACUGGAGGCACAACUGACACAAGCUAAAAUUGAUCUUAAGAAGGUUCAGGAUGAAAACAACGAAAACAAACGUAAGCUUGCUAACGGUCUUGUAGACUCCACAUGUCUUGAUGGUUUUAAAAGACAAAUUGAUAAUUUGCAAAGGGAUAAGUCAACUUUAGAAGCUCAAAUAGCUAAACUGAAACUAAACUUGGAACAGAAGGAAGGAGACAUGGAUGCUCGUUAUAAGAAAGGAUCAGAUGUUGUCGAACAACAACUCAGAGAAGAGAGAAACAAUUUAGAAAUAGAAAUACGCAGACUUAAGGAGGAGCUGGGUCUGGAACGCGCCAAGGCGCGGUCGCAGGCGGGCGAGGGCGCGCGGCGCUGCCUGGCGCGCUGCGACCAGCUGCAGCUCGAGCUCGCCGCGCAGCGCGACGGCGCCGCGCGCCUGCAGUUGGAAUUGGAACGUCAGCGCCGUGAAGAAAACGACAUAAAGAGAGAGUUGUCAAUGAAAAAUGCUGCUAUUGAAGAAUUGAAGAUGGAACUCAAAAAUAAAUCUGCUUCCCUUCAAGCAGACUUAGCUCAAGCACACGCUGAGAAAGCGUCUCUAGAAGAAGAACUGGCAAGCGCUAGGCUUACUAUCGAGAGACAACAGCGCCAGUCCAAACAUGAAGUUAAUCGUCUUAAUUCUGAAAUUCAAUCGCUCCGCCAUCGUUUGGAUAGAGCUGAUGCAGACUUGGUACAUUCACGCCGCGAGAAUUUGCGACUCUCAGAACAGAUAUCCAAUCUUGAAAAAGAGAUUAAUAUGAAAAAUUUGACCCCAAUAUCUCCAGAGAAAAACAAGAAGGAAUUGUCGUCAAUGCUGGAGUCCAUGGAGAACAAGCAUGCUAAGACCGUGGCUGAGUUGGAGUCCAUGAUUCAUUCACAAAACAGUCUGAUGGAGAAACUCACCAGCGAAUGUCGUUUGCUUACAGACAAGCUCGACGACGCAAAUCGUAGGCACAAAAUGGAAAAAACACAGCUGCUUUGCAGAAACUCUGAGCUUAUGAGAAAACUUAGAAAUUUGUGGUCUUCUCAUAAGAAAUACUGCACGACCACCAUAGCACCGUAUCGGAGUUACACUCCAUUGAAACUGGCAACUUUGCAGCGUCAAGUAGAGCAUCUCGGACAAUCCCUGCAGUCAGCAUACUCGCACCCACCUAGUAAUAACCAAGCACCUUCCUCGCACACAACCGAAGCCAACAGAAUAUCUCGCUUCCCUCCCGGAGCCGGAUCAAACUAUACCAGAACUGAGCCCACCGGAGACGCCACGGUCUCAGAAAGCGGUGACGUCAGAAACAUUGCUAGAGACUACGAAACAACAGGAAAUAUAAACAUACAAGAUCACUCGAACAAUGAUAAUAUAAAUAACUCGUCAAAGGCACAAACCUCGCCGAAACAAAUUAUAGUAACUAAUGAACAAAAUGGUAAACAUACGAAUGUUGAAAGAAAGAUGUCAAAACAAAAUUCGCGUGAUUCAAAUAACCAAGAUGAGAAAGUUUUAGGAAAACAAUUAUCAAAAGAAAACACUCAACCUGAAGAUCGUAUGGAAAAUGAUAGAACACAAGCUACAUCGCAAAUCGAAAGUAAUGAAAAGUUUGACACAGAUCAUAGAGAAAAUAUUAUUUCAGAUACAACACAGCCAGUUGAGUAUCAAACUGGUAACGAUCAGCCAAGACAACAAUCAGAAGAAUAUGCAAAUCAAAAUUAUAGUGAUGAAAAUUAUCCAAAUCAAGGACAAAAUUACGACCAACCACAAUUUGAAAAUUACGAACAGUAUCCUGAGCAAUACACCGAUCCUAAUGCUCAGCAAUAUGCUGAUCCUAAUGCUCAGCAAUAUGCUGAUCCUAAUGCUCAGCAAUAUGCUGAUCCUAAUAUUCAACAAUAUGCUGAUCCUAAUGUUCAGCAAUAUGCUGAUCCUAAUAUUCAGCAAUAUGCUGAUCCUAAUGUUCAGCAAUACGUUGAUCCUAACGUUCAGGAAUAUACUGAUCCAAAUGCUCAAUACGAAGGCCAAUAUGAAAAUUAUACGACAGAUGAAAAUUACACUGAACAAGUAUAUGAUAACACACAAUAUAACCAAGAAUAUGCAACUGAAGCUGAAUAUCCUGACACGGCUACAGAACAAACAAUUGAGACAAAUGAGAACACGCCCAAGGAAAAUAUAAUUAGCCAAAGUUAGCAUAGUGUUAAAUAAAUUAUUUUACGUGCAAUAUCUGUUAUUUUAGCUUCUAUUUAGUUAUGGUUUAUCAAAGUUUUUGGUUUUAGACCUAAAAAAUGUUUAAUAGGUGUAUUUUAAAUAACGCAUUUUUUUAGAUAUCGUUAUUUAUUUCGUUAUAUUCACAAUAAUAAUAAUACAUUUUAGAUGGAUGAUGAAAUAAAUCUUAUCAUGUAAAAGGAAUAACCGUAUAAUAUGUUUAAAAUUAAUCUCAGUUCGAAUAUUUAUAGAAGAUAUUAUAGUUGUAUCAUUAAAAAAAAUUUGGAAGAUCCAGUAAUAAAAAUUAUAGCCAACAAAA